ACGUUUAGCUAAAAACCAAAAACACUGAAUGACUUCCUUUUCCUCUGAAGAGUUGGUUUACAUUCAACGGCAAAAUGAAACUCAACGUGUCGUUUCCGGCGACAGGCUGUCAGAAGCUCUUUGACAUCGACGAUGAAAAGAAGGUCCGUAUCUUUUACGAGAAGCGAAUGGGACAGGAGGUCGAAGUGGACUCACUCGGCGAUGAGUGGGCCGGUUAUGUGGUCCGAAUUGCCGGCGGCAACGAUAAACAAGGUUUCCCAAUGAAACAGGGAGUCCUGACCAACACUCGUGUGCGUCUGUUGCUGUCCGCUGGCCACUCUUGUUAUCGUCCGCGACGUACCGGCGAACGUAAACGCAAGUCUGUCCGCGGAUGUAUUGUCGACGCAAAUCUUAGUGUUAUAUCGCUUGUUAUCGUUCAAAAAGGCGAGAAAGAGAUUCCCGGAUUGACUGACAAUACUAUUCCGCGUCGUUUGGGACCCAAGAGAGCCAAUAAGAUCCGCAAAUUGUUUAACUUAUCAAAAGAAGACGACGUUAGACAAUACGUUGUUCGCCGACCGUUAGCCGUCAAAGAGGGCAAAAAGCCCCAAACAAAGGCUCCGAAGAUCCAGCGUCUGAUUACUCCACGUGUUAUCCAAAGGAAGAGAAGGCGUUUGGCGAAGAAGAGACAGCGGGCUGUCAAACGCAGAGAUCAAGCGUCAGAAUACGCACGACUUCUGGCACAGAGACAGAAGGAGGCAAAGGAAAAGAAGGCGGAAGAAGCCCGAAGAAGACGAUCAUCGGCUUCUUCUGGCGGCAAAACUGCCAGUUCGUCGUCGGCUUAGAUAUGAAUUCAACAAAAAAUAAAAAAUUUUGUAAACCUAUUGAUGAGUUAAAAUAAAAACAUCUAUUAUUAAGAAUUUUAACAGAAAAAAACAGAAGUAUUUUGAAAAUUAUUUCAUUCAAUCAAUUAUUUUGUUGUUUUCAUCAAUAA